AUGAACAAUGAUUCAUGUUAUAAAUGUGAAGAUGGCUGGGAGCAACAUGGAGGAAAGUGCUAUUACUUCUCCAUCAGCCAAUCAUCCUGGGAUGUGAGCAGAACUGAAUGUAGGACUAAAGGAGGAGACCUGGUUAAGAUAGACAGCAGUGACGAGCAGAGAUUCUUCCAGACAAAAAUUGAAUAUGGGAGCUAUUUCUGGAUCGGACUGACAGACUCAGCAGAAGAGGGCAGAUGGCUGUGGGUGGACGGCUCACCACUGAAUGAAAGGUUGACAUUUUGGUCCUUUACCGAGCCAAAUGAUUUGUCCAACAAAGAUCCUGAUGGAGAGGACUGCGUGACGAUGGGGAAAAUGUUCUGGUUUGAUCAGUCCUGCAAAGGAACUUUUAGAAGUAUUUGUGAGAAAACAGCUGUGGCUGUGUGUGUCUAAAAUUCAGUUCAGCAUAAAAAAAAACAAACAAACAGUGGAAGUAAAGGACACAUUGAGACAAUUUUUCUAAAGCUAAUGCUGCAAACAUUUAAAGCUUCCAUUCAGAAAUGUUUAUAAUGAAAUAAAUGUGAAUGAUUAUUUUGUGCUUGAUUUUCUUAUUCAUGUAUUAUGUGCUAAAAGUGUAAUGCGACCAGUGAAAUUGUUUUUUACAGAAAUAAUUUCCUGGAUAAUGUGUUAUUGAACUGUCUGCUGCACAGUAUUUUAAAGCUAAAUAUGUUUUGUGUAUCUAUCUAUAUUAAAGAAAAGUACUACAUCUAAAGACAAAUGAGCCUGGAGUCAAAACAAACACUGAUGAGGCAGAUGGGUGCUGCAGGUCGAUAUCUGAAAAUUUUGCCUGUAAGAAAAUUAAAUUAAACUACAUAAAGAGACUUUAAUGUUACUCAGAAUAAGUUUUAUGUGAAUCCAGUUACAAUAAAACAAAUGUUAAAGCAUGCAGCAGAAAAAAAAUCUCCUAUUCGUCCUUCAGCAUUUUCCCAAAACUUUGAAACAUGAAGUUCUCACAAUUAUUUAUUUUUGAAAAGACUGAAGAUAGACAACAGCUCACCAUGCCAAGACUUCUUUUUAGAAUUUGUGGUCAAGUUUACAUACACUCAUCACUGGCAUGAAUAUCAUGUUGAUUUGGGGGCUUUUAA